UGCAUGAUUCAGAACGUUGUCCGUCCAUUGGGCGCGGUAUAGACACGGUGCUUCUAAAGCCACGUUAUCAACAGUCUACUCUCUACUGUUUGACAGGCAAUAGACAAGCGCGCUUCUCAACAGCUUCUGCCUCUCGGAUUAAGCCAGAAGACAAUCGUGGGAAGGACAAUCGAAACAUGGCUCCCGAUGGCUUCCAGCGGUUUAUGUCGAACCGUAUUUGCCUAGUGAUUGCACUGACUGUCGUCUUACUCGUGGGAUUCCUGUCCAGUUCUCGCGCCGCUUCAUACGGAGCCAUGGUCUUCAGCAAGACUCCUAUGAGAGACUUGUUCGUUGUAAGAAGGGUGAGGGCCGACGCACAUGCUGCAGCUGAUCGUGGUGCAUCGAAUGCCACGAACACUAGCGCUGUCAUUGUAAGUAGUAUGGCAACAGGCACAGGUGACGGCUCUGCGAUACGAGUGCAUCUGGCCACGUCACAGGAUGCAAGCUCCAAUGCAGUGAAAGACUGUCCUCUGGUUCCUCCAAAUCUAGUGACUCGUAUGAAAGUGAUCACAAAUCCACCUCCUAUAGAAGAACAGGAAGAAAUCUUCACUGACCUCAUGCCUGGUGGAAGAUACACACCGAAAGAGUGUCGUUCAAGGCAUCGAGUAGCCAUUAUCGUACCAUAUAGAAAUCGCAGUGAACACCUGGUGGUGUUUCUCAACCACAUGCACCACAUGCUGAAGAGGCAACAGCUCGACUACGGCAUCUACGUCGUAGAGCAGGCAGGGAACGACCCAUUCAACCGUGGCAAGCUCCUAAACGUCGGUUUCCUGAUCGCCUCGAGAAUGUACGACUUUCAGUGUUUCAUCUUCCACGAUGUGGACCUCAUCCCCGAGGACGACCGCAAUCUUUACACGUGUUCGGAUCAACCAAGACACAUGACGGUGGCCAUCAGUAAGUUUGAUUACAAGCUUCUCUACGCGGAUGGUUUCGGGGGCGGUUGCGCACUUAGCAAGAGUCAGGUGGAGACUACAAAUGGCUUCUCGAACAAAUAUUGGGGAUGGGGUGCCGAAGACAACGAUCUGUAUCACAGGGUCCGCUAUCAUAAAUACAACAUCACAAGGUACUCAAUCGAUAUUGCAAGGUACACCACACUGUCGCAUAAAGAGGCGGUGCCCAGUCCCGCGAGAAUGAAGCUUUUGAAUGAGAGAACCAAACGUUUCAAGACUGACGGUAUUAACAGCGCGGAGUACACAGUUGUAGACCUCGUGUUGAACAAACUUUACACGUGGAUCUACGUGGACUUGCUGUACAAGAAACCGAAGGGAUCUUAAAAAGGUUCACUGGUGGAAAUCUCCUCCCAAUUAUUUGUUAUCUAUUUAUUUAUUUAUUGACAUACCCUCAGGGCAAGGAGGGCAAAUAGAGGGGAUUGGGGAUACAAUACAACAAGGGCAACAGCAGCAAAGGUAAAGUGAAUAUACAAAUCGGUUAAUAAAAUGACAGCAAUGAAAUGAUGACGUGUGUCACAGGUGCUUAAGCGUCACAGUAAUGAAGAUGGAAACAUAAUGUGGAUGACCAAGGAAAACGAUGA